AUGAAGAAUGGAUUGAAGAGUGCAACAGCCAGAGCGAAAACAUUCAAAUUCAUUCGGCUGGUGGCAACUGGAGAAACCUUACGAGCGAUGAGACGUCUAAUCAAUAUUUUUGGAUCCAACGAACGUUCACGUGCACUGCUGAUCCAGACCAUUUCGCGCUUGUUCGAAUCAACGACCAGAUGGAUUUACCGUCAGACACAAAAACUAUCACUUGUGGAUCCGGGCGUAAAUGGGUGUACAAAGGUGAAGUCGUUCUCAAUGUUGGAUGCUACACAGGCACACGGGCAGAUUGGAUCCAAAAGUCCGAAGAAGAGGAAAGAAUUCGAAAUUGGAUGGGCGAGCAUCACGGAGCUAGAGAGGAUCAAAAGGAUUGGACAUGGAGCAGCACCCAUUAACACCGAUAAUAUAAUCAGGAAGCAAGUCGCCGUUGUACCGGCAGACUAUGUGAAUGCUAUUUGGGAAGGAGAGGCUUUCUCAGAGGACAACUACUACAUGAGAACGGGG